AUUUUCCUUUUUUUUUUUAUUAACGGAAUUUUGGAUACGUUGCCUCGUUUUGCCUGAUUCUAGUCGAUUCUAAAUAAUAAUGUUUUUUUUUUUAUUUAUUUCAACGAAUGUUUCUUGAAAGAGCCUACGUGGUGGCCUUAUUAAAUUGCUUUCUCACUCUUGCAUUCAUUUAAUUAACAUAAAUAUAAUCGAGUCGGUCAAAAUUCAAUGGCCACACACAGACUUUAUUUUGAUUUGGAUACUCUUUCAAUUUCCAUAAGAUUUGGAUGUUUGGAAAUAAUUAGUUAAUUUGUGUCUAUGAUGUUGAUUAAUGACACUUUUCAAAACUUUAUAGUAUAUCCGUAUGUAACUGAAUUUAGUUGAGUGUGUGCAUGGUAUAUUAUUUAUUUUCUUUUGGAUUUUUUCAAAUCUCUCAUUCGAUAUUCUCUUUGAUUUAUCACUAUCAAUAAUUAUUAUUGAAUACAUCUAAUUCACAAACUAACUACGAGAUUAGACCUCAAAAAUGGAAAUUCUAACUAAAGAUUAGGAAAAUUGGACCGGAAAAAAGGGAAAUCCAAAGCCAACGAAAAAAAAAAAAAAGGAAAACAAAAACGCGUCUCACUCUCUCUAUAUAUAUAUACACACACACAACACAAAGCAACAAAUCUCUCAUCCUUCUCGUCUAAUUAAAACCAACACAAAAAAAAUCUCUCAACCUUAUUUAACAAUGUCUACGACCAAAGCACUAUCGCUUCUUGUGUUUUUACUCUUCGUGUCCCUUGUUCACGCAUCGGAUCAAUGUCCGAUCAACUCCAUCUACCAAUUCGGUGACUCCAUAGCCGACACCGGAAACUUAAUCCGUAAUGGCCCUGUUGGAGCCAGAUCCCACGCCGCUAAUUAUCCAUACGGUCAAACAUACUUCCACCGAGCCACCGGUCGUCUCUCCAACGGUCAGCUAAUGAUCGAUUACUUGGCACGUAGGCUUCAUCUCCCACUCUUAAACCCUUACCUCAACGGAAACACAACGUCUUCGUCUUUCAAGAACGGUGUUAACUUCGCCGUUUCCGGAAGCACAGCACUCAACAGCUCUUUCUUCGCCGAGAGAAAUCUCCACGUUCCGGCAACAAACACUCCUCUCUCCACACAGCUUGCUUGGUUCAAGUCUCAUCUACGUUCCACAUGUCAUGGCUCGUCUUCGGAUUGCUUGAAGCAGUCUCUCUUCAUGGUCGGUGAGAUAGGAGGCAACGACUACAACUACGGUUUCUUCCAAGGCAAACCCAUGGAAGAAAUCAGAAGCUAUAUCCCUCAUGUUGUUGGCGCCAUCACAGCCGCGGCUAGAGAAGUAAUCCGUGCCGGUGCAGUUAACGUGGUCGUCCCGGGAAACUUUCCAGUGGGAUGUUUUCCGAUUUACUUGACGUCUUUUCCCGUGAAAGAUCCAAAAGCUUACGACGACAAAGGUUGCUUGAAGCAUCUCAACGAAUUCGCAAUGGAUCACAAUAACCAACUGCAAGGAGCUAUAGCUUCUUUGAGAAAAGAGUUUCCAGGUGUGGCUAUAGUCUACGGAGAUUACUACAACGCGUUUCAAUACGUUCUACGCAGUGAAAGAUUCGACAAGAGUGUAGCAUUGAAAUCGUGUUGCGGGAUCGGCGGAGCUUACAACUACGACGGAAAGAGGCCUUGCGGAGCAGCGGGAGUGCCGGUGUGUCAGAAUCCAAACAAGUUCAUAAGUUGGGACGGAGUGCACUUGACUCAAAAGGCUUAUAGAUUCAUGUCUAAUUUCUUGAACUAUCAGAUUCUUUCACAGAUCAAGUGUAUAAGGCCUUAGGUUUUAGCAGUGUGUUUUUCUAGUCUCUCCUCAAUUUUUUAUUAUUUGUAGUAAUAUCUUACAGUUAUUU